AUGUUGACGGCUCUCGGGAUUAAAACGGGAGAUUAUGCAUCCCCGACCCCCUCGGGAGUGAUUCCCAACAUCCGUUUUGCACCCAACGCCUUCCUCCCUCGCUUGCGCAUCUCUCCCCUUGUCUCCCCCAUGCUUUCCCCCCUUGCUUCUCCCAUGCUUCGCUCCCUGCUUCCCCCAUGCUUCCCCAAUCCUCCCCCCCCACAGGGCGACGCUGCACGUGGGGUGCGCCAAUCUCAACCUCUCUCUUCCCUUUCCCACGCCGGUCCCAUCCCCACACUCCCCCCCCACACUUUCUCCCCCCCACCCAUCAGGGCGACGCUGCACGUGGGGUGCGCCAAUCUCAACUUUUCCGCCUCCUUCGCUCACCACUUCAACCGCACGCACCAGCACAGCCUCGCCUCCUGGCCAAUCACAAUCACGCCACGUGGCGAGGCGCUGGCCAAAACCACCACCCUUGGCAUUACCAGCAGCACAUGGGACAGUAGCAGACGUGCCACCACCACAGACGCCGCUUAUUCAGAAGCAGCAGGCGGGGAAAAAGGGGGGGCGGGGGCGGGGGCCGGGGAGGAGGGGUUGCGGGAGAGAGAGGAGGAGCAGGAGGAGGGGGUGCAGGAUUGGCCGGAUACGCCAUGCAAUGGGACGUCAGUGCCAGGGCGAUGGGUGGUGAAGGCGAAUGGGUCACUCAGAUGGACGUUCUACCGCUGCACGGCCCAGGAGGUUCCCCCAUCCGAGUGGAUAGCCGCGCUGCACGAGAGGGGCAUUCAUGAGAUCAGCAUCGUGGGGGACAGCCACCAGCGGUUCUUAGCUGCGCACCUGCACUUCCUGCUCACGGCUCAAGCGGACAAGGAUGUGAAGCGGUGGCAGGAUAAUCUGGUGUUUGACGCACGUGACAGCAGCAACCGCACGCUGAGAAUCAAUUUCUACUGGAUCGACGGGAUUUACAAAAACGGCGAGUUCGGCUGCACCCACCGCGGGGUCACCACCAACCGAUCGGAGGCCUUCCCCGAAAUCUCCCCCACUGCUGACGUCACGCUCUUUGAAGGAGGCUACUGGGCAGCUUCCUUCUGCCGCCAGCCCCUCAAGGCCCUCCGAGUGCACCUCGAGGAGUUUGCGAGGUGGGCACUUGCCGCCGCGCCCGCUAAAGGCAGGGUUAUUUUCCGAACUAUCCCGUCUUUUCCGGUGGCGGGGGGCCGGUGUCAGGCGUGGUACCCCGGGCCGAGUUCUAACCGGGUGGUUAUGGCGAUUAAUGUGCUGCUGAAGCAGAUAGUGCAGGGGGGGGGAGCGCGGGGAGAACGGAGAGUGUUGGAUAAAGUGGAGGCAGGGAAACUAGGUGGGGUAAAAGAAGGGGAUGUUGGUGGGGAAGGAAGAAGAAGUGGAGGAGGGAUAGAGAAGCUGGUGUAUCUAGAUUCGAGCUUGCAGGUGCUACCGCAGGACUCGGAGGAGGAGGGGGAGGGCACGGAGAGAGCAGGAGCUGAGAGUAAUGGGGCAGUUGACAGAAAUGCUUCGGCUGAUAGUAAUGGAGCGGUGGAUAUAGAAGAAGCGGAUGAGAUUGCUGCAGCUGUUGAUGCUGCUGGCGAUGGUGGUGGUGAUAGUGGUGCUGCUGGUGAUGGUGUUAGUGGUGGUCGUACGUCCUACUCGGGAAAGCGGCCACCACCAUCAUCACCAUCAUCAACACCAGCAGAGGCACGAAGCGCUGAGCUGGCAGCGUUACCCGCGGGGGCGGCAACAGUGCUGGACACGUGGCAGGUGGACGCCCCUCGGUAUGCCGACACAGCAGUCCCCAACGACCACCAUUACUCCAUGGUGCUGCCAACAGCAAAAGGCGCAGUGGUGGUGGGGGAUGUGGGGGAGGCUCAAGUGCGCGCCUUCAUUCACUACCUGCUGCAUGUGCUCUAG